UUGCCACUUGAAUCGUGUACACGUCUUAAAUUCCAUUCCAAAAAAAAUAAAUAGUCGAAAUUGUUUAGUCUUAAAAUGUGUUGGCGUAUUUUUAUUGGUUUUUUUUGCCUGUGUGUUGCCGCUCUGGUUUGGGGUGAUGAACAAAAUAUCAUCGAUAUUAUAGAUGAUAAUGUGAAGUGUGGACCAGUACUGUGCCCAUUGAAUGAGGCACAUAUGUGCUUUUACACAAGCAAAUUCAAUACAGACACUAAUAACGUUUCAUUCAUCACAUCGUGCGGAACGUGUCUUAGUAUAAACGGAAGUAUUAUAAGAGAUAAUUGUGAUACUGUGUCGACGAAAUUGACGAAUUACACAAAUCGUAUGUCCAUCAAUCUUUUGAAUUCAACAUUGGACUCGACACGAGUGAGAAAUGCUGUCGUUGGUGUUAUGUUGAGCGAAAUGGGAAGACAGUCGCCACUUCCAUACACUCCGUCAGUACAAAUGACUACACCAUCGAGUGCAUUUUUACCAUCACCCCAGCAACAACAGCAACAGCCAAUCGUUGUUGUUCAACCACCAGCUCAGUAUAUCACCGUUAAUUCAAUACCGCCAUAUCAAAAUAGUUAUAUGCCCAUUCGAAGUGCACAAAAUAUAGCAAACAAUAACAUUUGUAAUCCACCAUCACCUGAUUGUGAACAGAAAAAGCCGCUUGUUCGUAACCAUCCAAAUGAACUUCCGCCACAGGUAGAUAAAAUGUAUCGAUUAAUAGCGAAUAUGAAGGGUGAAUUGGAUCAAAUGAAUAAUGCGUUAGAAGAUGCGAUGGCUGGUGGCCGAACUGGUUAUCUGGAUGAUAGACCCUAUUCGUCCGUUAAAACCCCAUUUCCUGUCUGGACACCGGUCAAAUGAUUUUUAUUUAUAUAUUACUUUGCAUGUAACUGCAUAAAGUGCAUGAAUUUCAUUAAGAGCAAAUGUAACUUUAUUAAUUAAAUAUGAUGUCCGUUUGGUCAGAUUUCAGUACAAGUAGAAAUGUCUUAAUAAAAUUUAGCUUCAACCGUGCUUAAAAUGAA